CCUCGCCCUCGCGAGAGCGAAAGAGAGGGAGGGCGAUUUUCAAGGCGGCAAUGCUGCCGAUUGAGGCAGAGCGAUGACGCAUUUGCGAUCGCAUCUGGCGCCAUUGCAACAGAUUCGUGCUCACGCCGAUCCACAGAAGUGCUCGCCGCCGAGAAUCACUUCCAACGUCAAGACGAGCUUGAAGCUUCUCACAAUGCUCAAGGAGCUUGGAAACAACGCAAACAAACAAGCCAAGCCAGCCACAAGCUACAGGAAGAAAAAGGUGGACAAGAAGAGUUUGCCUGAGGAUUUUGAGAGCUACGAGGAUCCGGCAACACAAGUGAUCGACUGCGGGAAAGAAAUUACCAUAAUUCAACCGGUACUUCUCGUGGAUGGAUACAACAUGUGUGGCGUCUGGCCCAAGCUAAAGAAACACUUCGCAAGAGGUGAUCUUCUCAGUGCGCGAGAGAAGCUUAUUGACGAGCUCGUCACCUUCAGCGCAGCAAGAGGAAUGAAAGUGGUGGUUGUUUUCGAUGCAAAGGAAUCGGGUCUGCCAUCACACAGAGAAUCCAGAGCAAGUGUUGACAUCGUGUUUGCGGCCGACGCUUGCGCCGAUUCAUGGAUCGAGCGUGAGGUCUACUUGUUGAGAGACGACGGCUGCCCCAAGAUCAGAGUCGUAACGUCCGAUUCCCUUCAUCAGCAGGUUGCAAACGGCGCGGGUGCGUAUGUAUGGAGCUGCAAAGGUUUGAUUGGAGAGAUCAAGGACGUGAGGAAAGAAUUGGAGCAGCUGUUACAUUCCGACAGGCCAUACUCGAUGAAAGGCAAAUUGCUAGAACACAACUUAUCUCCCGACGUUUUCACCUCGCUCCAGGCGCUCAAGCAAAGGCUCAAGAUGGAAGAAGAGCUACAAAAAACAUAACAAAAACAAAAAGAUCCCCCCGGCUAACGGUAUAUUCCACGCCCGUUAGUUAUUGGAGCA